AUGAUAAGCUCUAUUGGCUUUCUUCCAAGUGGGAUCUCGAUCGAAAAACUGAAAAAGUUUGUGGUUGAUGAGGAUAUACAUCAGUCACUGAACUAUCUAAAUAUCCCAGUUGUUGAUAAGGAGAAGGUUCCUUUUGAUGAUGACAUUGAUGAGUCGGAAGAGAUAAUGGAAAAUGACAUUGUGGUUUUCUGCACUCCAAAUGAGGACGAUGUAAGUUUUUUACAGUUUUACGUGCAGAAUAGAGAAUGCACAAACAUGUUCUUGCAUCAUGAUACAUAUGUAUUCAGCACCAUCUGUGAUUCUGAAUAUCUUACUAUUGGAGGAGAAAUGUAUGUUGCACUUGCUACAUUUGAAAAGGAUAUCAUGGUAUUUGAUCCAUUUAUGAGAAAUCCAAUUCUCCCUCAGGUUCUUUUGAAGGGACAUGAAGAAGCAGUUCUGUCUAUAGAGAGCCGGGAUGGAAUUCUCUUCAGUGGAAGUCUUGACUCAACGAUCAUUGAGUGGGAUACCGAGAAAGCUCUAGCCAAGAACAGGAUUCAGACUAUGGGGCCUGUUAAUAGGAUCGGUAUUCUUGACUCAUCUGUAGUUUAUUCAGUAGAAAAUUCUUUAUACUGUUUAGAUGAAGAAAUUAAGUUUGAAGGAGAAGUUGAAAGAAUAAGGAUUAGAGAAAAUGCAAUGCUUGUAUCUAACACCACUGGAACUUUGAGAUGUUAUGACCUGAGAAAGAUGACAGAAGUGAUUAUAGAGAAGAGAAUCCAUGAAGACUCGAUCACAGGGCUUGACACGCUUGGAGAUAAUGUGUACACGGGAUCUCUCGAUGGGACCAUAAAGGUUGUAAGCCUUGAUACAUUUGGUAUUGUGGGCAGUAAGGAUGUUGAUGAGAAAGUAUUUUCUCUUCGAGCACAUGAAGAUGGGUUUUACGUGUAUGGAGGGGAAAAGAACGAACUCGUACUAAACUACAUAGACGAGCCUCUUCAGAAUGAUUUACAAUAA